CUUUAAGGUACGAGCGAUUACUAUCCGGCUAAAAACGUUACCAUCGGCUGCCCGAGAUAGAUAGAAGAAAAACUUGUUGUAAGUUUUACUAAACAGUAAUAUUUAACCAUCUAUUUAAAAAUAAAACCUAAUUUUAGCUUCAAGCUGUCAACAACAAGACUGCUCUGAGGACCGUUUGCAUUUCUAUCCGAACAAUCUUGAAGAACAACUCUCGGAUAACCUCGAAAUGCCGGAGGAUAACGAUGCACCGGGCGAUCUCACCUGUAUGCUCUGCGAGGAUCAUGAAAGCGUAGACGAUAUGGUCCAAUGUGACAAUUGUGACCAGUGGGCCCACUAUACUUGCGCCGGUGUCACCGAAGCCGUAAAGGAGUCACAGUGGGUCUGUACAAAGUGCACGAAUACCUUGCAGGUGCCGAAAAACUCCAAAAAGAUUCCCUCGAAGAAGACCGGUAAGAAAACUAGUAGUAAGAGUGAUACUGGGUCUGAGUCGGGGAAAGUGGACGCUAUUGUCGCUAGUUUCGAGGAGUCGCUGGCGCAGCUGCAAUAUGAGAAAAGUGCUAAAGUGAAACAGCUGGACGAAGAAAAAGUUCUGCACGAGAAGCGUCUGCAGAUGGAACGGGAACUCCUGGAGAAGAAGCGGCUGCUGAAACGGCAAAUGCAGGAAAAGGAGCUGGCACAGGAACAAGAAGUCCUGGAACAACAGCUGCGCGAUGAACAGGAGUUUCUACAACGGCGCCAGGAACUUCGAAGUCGGUUCCAGAAACUUAAACUGGACCUUUCUCAACAGUACGAAGAACAUGACGAGACUGAUGAUGAAGAAGAAGGUGCAGCAGGGGUUGACAGAGCGAAGACCUGGUUGGACACGGUAAGGGAUGAUCCACGAGGAGCAUAUCCGAAGAAGUAUGGCGGACAUGAGCCGGUUCUUCAAUGCUCACACACCAAGCCUUCAACCGGGAACAACUUGCGGAACGUCAACCGGGAGUUACCAAGACCCACGAUGCUAAACGAGCCGGGGAUCGAGCCAGCUACCCGUUCCAUUCAACAUUCAUUGCAAAAUCCACCAGCACCAACGAACGUUUCCCGAGAAUGGGACGAACUUCUGCAUCGAUCGGACUUGACUGCGGAGGAACAACUCGUCAUCCGGAAUAUUAGGAACCGUCGAAGGCCCGAAGAUCAACCUCAAGGUUACGCUGGAGGACGAGGACCUACGCCAGAACAGCUAGCGGAUAGACAAGCCGUGUCUAAGCAUCUACCAGUAUUUCGUGGGGAGCCGGAGGUGUGGCCGCUUUUUAUAAGUUGCUACGAGUAUACUACGGCCGCGUGUGGGUUUACCAACACGGACAAUUUAAAAAGGCUUCAAGACAGCCUUCAGGGACUGGCGAAGGAAGCCGUGCAAAGCCGCCUGUUGAUUCCGGAUUCUGUACCCGAAGUUAUUGAAGAUCUCCGGAAACUGUUCGGUAACCCGGAAAAGUUGCUGAAGUCUCUGGUUGCGAAGGUACGACAGGCCCAAGCUCCACGAAUGGAUCGGCUCGAGACGUUCCUGUACUUCGGGAUCACAGUCAAACAACUCUGCGAUAACCUCGAGGCAGCUGGGUUGUACGAUCAUCUGAGUAAUCCCAUGCUAGUACAAGAGCUUGUCAACAAGCUACCGCCCGAAUAUAAACUGGACUGGGUCCGGUUCAAGCGCGGAAAAGUCGGUACGCCGCUAAGGAACUUCACCGAUUUCAUCAACGGUAUUGUAUCGGAGGUCUCUGAGGUAGCAGACUUCACUGGAGCGGAGCAUGGGAUAAUCGGUCAGUCGCUGAAAAGUAAGCCGAAGAAGAAGGAGUUCGUUAACACCCACAACGCUAAACCAAACAGGCCAAGCGGGUCGCGUUCGAAAACACAUCCGAAACCAAGGAAGCCGUGCGUCGUCUGCAAGCGAAACGACCACAAGGUGCGAUAUUGCGAUGAUUUUGCCAAGCUCAAUAUUGGUGAACGGCUAGAAAUCGUUGAGAAAUUCAAACUUUGCCAAUUAUGUCUCAACGACCAUGGUAAAGCACCAUGCACGUUCAAAGGGCGCUGCAAUGCACCAAACUGCACAAAAAGCCAUCAUACUCUACUCCACCGAGCAGUAGAAAGCAUCCAACUCUCGGUAGUCGAGAGUAACGCACAUUUGCAGUCGCACAGGUUGGUAAUAUUCCGCAUCGUCCCUAUCACGCUACACUGCGGAGACCGAAUGGUGGAAACAUCAGCGUUCCUCGACGAAAGUGCCUCGACAACGCUGGUAGAAGAUUCGAUUGCCGACACGCUCAAAGCUGACGGUAUUCCAGAGCCGUUAGAAGUUGUCUGGACAGCGAAAAUGAAGCGGUACGAGCAAGGAUCACGGAGAAUCUGCCUUCAAAUAUCAGCAAGAGGAAGUUCGAAACGGUAUGCGUUGAACGAAGCACGUACGGUGAAGGAACUCGUUCUGCCCAAACAGGACAUCAUUCUCGAAGAGAUCAUCAACCGAUACCAUCAUCUAACAGGACUAGCGAUCUCGGAUUACGGCACGGAAAUUCCUCGCAUCCUGAUUGGCCUCGACAAUCUCCACCUGUUUGCUCCUCUGGAAUCAAAGGUGGGGAAUUCCGGAGAACCCAUUGCCGUACGUUCACUACUAGGGUGGUCCAUCUACGGUCCAAAUCAACAGCGGACCUCACCGAAGGCGUACGUGCAUCAUCACUCAGUAGAACCGGUGAGCAAUCAGUAUCUACACGAUUUGCUAAGGGCGCAGUACACCAUGGAAGAUCCGUACGAGCAAACUGAAGCGAUACCAGAAACAGAAGACGUCGUACGGGCAAGAGAUAUUCUUGAGAAAACGACUAGACGCGUGGGAGACCGUUUCGAAACGGGAUUGAUCUGGAAACACGAUGGCGUAACAUUUCCAGACAGUUACCCGAUGGCGUUGAAGCGGAUGAUGGCACUAGAACGAAGGCUUUCUAAGGAAUCUCGGCUGAAAACUGAAGUUCACCAGCAAAUUGAAGCGUACGUGGAAAAAGGCAACUGAAACC